GAGUGUUGUCUUAAAAAUCAUGGCUAGCCAGGAUCAGGAAUCGGCAUCAAAAGAAACCAACACAGAUGUUAUUGGAGAUCAUUUUACAGAAGAAUCCAUUGAGGAUACAUCCUUAGAAUGGGACUGUUUUGCGGAUGAAAAUUAUGACAUCAUAUGUCAUGCAGAAAAAGUUGAUGAUUUCUACUGGGCUGACAUCAGUGGGAUGGGGUGUAAUUAUAAAACGGAUUAUCCAAAUGGAGAUGGACAGAAUUUGUUACAAGAUCAAAAUUCAUCCUCUCUGCAAACAACAAUCUGGAAACCAUUCAAACAGAAUAUGCCACGUAAAGAAAACUCAGCUGAACUCUUAUCCGCAACAUCUUCCUUGACUGAUUAUUUCAGUUGUUUUGAUUCAGAUUCUGACGACGAGGAAAGAAAAGAAAGGCGGCAUUUUGAUGCGGAGUUCUCUAGUUUGAAUCUCUGCCUAAAUAUCUCAGUUACAGAUAAAAACAACGAGCCCCGAAUUUUCAUUACCACAAAGACGGAGAAGAAGAAACCGUUUUCAGAAGGAAAUUCCAGUUGGCUAUAUAAAGAGACAGAAGAUCUACUUUGCGAUGCGUCAGAGUCAUCGUCAUUUCUAUCUGAUUUCGAUGAUUACGAGUUCAUGAACUUUUCGGAUUUACAGUCAAUGGUAAAUGAACAGAACGACAAAAGUGUGAUGCGGUAUCGUCUAGUAGACAUUUCAGAGUCAGAUAUGGAAAAUAAUCUGGAACAUGUUCGUGAGUCAGAGCCAAAGGAAUUUAUGCCUUCGUGGUGUCAAAUUUUCAAACCGAUUAGCGAAGAAACGGAAAAUGAGGUUACAAAACACGAUGUUAGAAGCCUUGUGGAAUCUUUUGAGAGUUUGAUCAAAGCUGAAGAAGAGGGCUCUAAAACUUCGUAUCCAAAAAUUAAAAAGGAGGAUAAGGCACAUUUGAAAGUUGAAUCUGAAUUGGUUAAAAGGUCUGAAAAGAACUUCGAAACAAAUGCAGAGGAAACGGUUUCUACAUACAUAAUCCAAUGUGAAGAAGAUUUCACAGAUGAAUGUUUUCAUGUCUUUCGAAAGUUAAGCGAACGCAUUAUACAGGAGAGUUUCCAUGAACUAGAACUGGAGUCCCAGUGUGAUUUGUCAUUCAUGAACUCUGGACAAGUUAUGCCUUAUUGUGGAGGGGUGAAGACAUCCACCUCUGAAGAAGAUCAAAGCCAAUUAAUCAACAGAACAAAGUAUUUGAACAUAGAGGAAGAGAUGGUUCGACUUGGUCAAGACACCAAUGAUGAAAAGUUGAAAAUGGCAUUGAGAGCUACAAAAACUGAAGAUCAGUCAACAACAAUUACAAUUCAUGCACAAAUGAAUUGCAAAGGAGAAGAAAUCGUCAAAAGCAUUUUCUAUACCCAGGAAAAAAUUAUUUUGCCUCCUGAAAUGCCAAUUCAAAUAAAGGAGAAAUAUUUUGAACAAAGCGAUGCGCACACAUCUAUGGACAUUGCUACGAUAGAAAAAGGGAAUAUACAGAACGACACGGAAGAAGGCGUAUGGCGUAAACAAGGUCAAAUGGUACCUGUCGCAGGUACCACUUUGCAAAUUCCACCACAAGUGAUUAUUGGAACAUUUACACCAGUUUGCAAUGCUUUAGAAAAACACAAUGACCAAAGCAACAUUUUUGCAGAAAACAUUGCCUUGAAGUCUGCAACACUCGGCAAAACGCCAGCUUCUGUCAAGAAAGAUACUUCUGUAAGGUAUAGUACUGAACAACAAAAACAAGAAUAUAGCACACAUAGUGUAUUCAAAAUAAUUCUAGAUCAAGUGAACUAUACUUCCGCUCCUGUGCAAGAAUACAUCCGAGAGGAACAAGAAAUGGAGUGGAAUGAAUUGGGACAAAUUGUUCCUGUUGAGGAAGAUUGCCUAAAACUUACACAGGAACAAGACGAUUAUCCACUUCUCCCUUUACAGCAAGAAAAGACAAGUCAGGAUAAACAAGAGCAACUGGGUCCUCUGCAAAACACUCCUUGCGGAAUUGCAGAUAAAGAGAACAAUCGUACUCUGGCAUCUCUACAGAAAACUUUGUUCGAGUCACAAAAAGUGGAUGAGCUGAGUUUUAGGAAUACCAAGGGAAUGAAGGACGGAAAAAAUGUACAUGCUGAAGAAGAUAGCUUAAAAACUAUACAGAAACAAGUUGGAUAUCCCCUUUUUUUACAAGAAAAGACAAAUCAGGAAAAACUAAAUCACUUGGAUCCUCUGCAAAACACUCCUUUCAGAAUUGUAGAUAAAGAGAACAAUCGUACUCUGGCAUCUUUACAGAAAACUUUGUUUGAGUCACAAAAAGGGGAUGAACAGAGUUUUAGGAAUACCAAGGAAAUGAGGUAUGGAAAAAUUGUACCUGCUAAGGAACAAUUACAAGUUGAAUCUUUUCCUCUACAUCAAACAAGGACAAGUCAGGAUAAACCAGAGCAACUAGGUCCUCUGCAAAACAAUUUUCAUAGAAUUGCAGAUAAAGGGUACAAUCAUACUCUGGCGUCUCUACAGAAAACAUUGUUUGAGACACAAAAAGGGGACGGACAGAGUUUUAGCAAUACUAAAGGAAUGAGGAAUGGGAAAACUACACAACACACCACAGAGGAAUUGUGUGGUCCAGUGUCAAAAUACACACAGAAACGUCGAUCCAGAAUGACACAAGAAAAGCCACAAGAAACUAGGGCAGAGCUUUUAAACGUACGAAACAUAUCGGAAGUCCUUGGCAAAAUUGAGAAAAUCUGCAGUGGCAAGACGGUGCAUCUCCAGCAGGAGUACACUAUCCAAGACAGAAGGUACAUACCCGCCGAUAGAUUCCAUCUGGCAACACAACCUUUUGCAAUUCCAAACCCUUCCGUUAUACCAGGAAAUUAUGAGUCGGUAUCGUUGAACUCUGAUGCAUAUAAAUUCGUGAAAGCAAACCCAUGGUUAGUACCGGAAUCUAAUAAGAACACAAAGAAUGGGCAGGGAACUUGUCAAGAGGUAAAAGUAGGCGACGGACAAAGAGAAAACACACUCAAGUUGCAAUACGAGUCCGAGGAAAGUACAAUUAGACUAGAAUACACUCAUCAAGAUGAAGCCAAUACAGGCUUACCUGACGAGCAGAAACAGGAUCUAUCAUUGACACCUACAAGGAUUCCUGAAGAUCAAGGCCCAUUUCCAAUUACCAAGCAUUCCAAGAGGAUUAUCCAAGAUGGCAGAAUUGUUUAUAUUGAUGAAAAUAGCUGGCGUACACAGAGUAAAGUGGCUAGAUUAUGCAAAAUUUUUGAAAACAGUGGAUCAAAAGUACCAAGAAUAACUUACCGCAUGUCGCAGGAGGCCAACAAAUCUCGAGCUGGAAACCAAAAGCUGCGUCUUACCGUAAUGGAGGAGGAUCCUAAACAAACUAACAGCACAAAAGAAGACAAAUCUCCCAGGAGAUUUGACUUUGAUAGGUACCUCCAAAACAGAGGGGAAAACAUAAUGACAAGGAAGGGCCACGAUGAUAUCAGUGAUGAAUCGUAUUACCAUGUGGCAAAGUUGCUGACUAUCCGAAUCAUUGCCAAUGCCAGAAUAGAAGUUUCCAGGGAGUAUAUUGAACAAGAUUAUUCAAAACAAAAGAUAGCGAGGAAAGGAAGAUUGGAUGCCCCUCCUAAAGCUAGCUUACCACAGUCAACUUGCUGCAGUGCCAAUAUGAUGAAUGAUAAAUUCUGUAAGAGGGGCACAAAAGAAUUCUCUCCUCGACAUACCAAACAAACAUCAGAGCUAACACAAUCGCAAUGGAAUAAGAAUAAUGAAAAUCCAAAGAACGACACACCUUUAAAGGAAAAUACUGUGUCAAGUAAAAUAUGUAAAACUUCAAAGGAAAAAUUCCAGCCAAAGGAAUAUGAAGAAAAGGACACUUCCUGUCAGAGUCAGGGGAGACAAAGAGUGUGGCGCAGGGAGGCAGAGCAGAGUAACGGUUACCUCCCCAACCCUCCAAUUGACCAGAAAAGGAAACGUGUUCAAUUUGAUAUCUAAAGCAUAUCUGUUACCGAGUCAUAUCUGUGAUGUUAAAAUAUGAAGUAUUUAAUUUUGUUGUAAUAAAAUUCAAUGCAUAUCUC